AUGAUUGAAGAAAGUGGAAAGAGGAGGAGAACGAUGGCAGAGAAAAGACAGCUCUUCAUGGAAAUGAGGGCUCAGAAUUUUGAUGUCAUCCGACUGUCAACAUAUCGGACUGCCUGCAAACUCAGAUUUGUGCAAAAAAGAUGUAAUUUACAUCUUGUGGAUAUCUGGAAUAUGAUUGAAGCCUUCAGAGAUAAUGGCCUUAACACAUUGGACCAUAAUACAGAGAUCAAUGUAUCUCGACUAGAAACUAUCAUUUCCUCCAUUUACUAUCAGCUGAAUAAACGCCUUCCAUCUACUCACCAGAUCAGUGUGGAGCAAUCCAUCAGCCUUCUCCUCAACUUCAUGAUAGCAGCAUAUGAUAGUGAAGGUCAUGGGAAAUUGACAGUAUUUUCCAUAAAAGCAAUGUUGGCAACUAUGUGUGGUGGAAAAAUUCUGGAUAAGUUAAGAUAUAGUUUCUCUCAAAUGUCAGAUUCCAAUGGACUGAUGAUAUUUUCAAAAUUUGACCAGUUUCUAAGAGAAGUUCUGAAACUUCCUACAGCUGUUUUUGAAGGGCCUUCGUUUGGAUACACAGAAAACUCUGUGCGAACAUGUUUUCCUCAGCAGAAAAAAGUAACGUUAAACAUGUUUUUAGACACCUUAAUGGCUGACCCUCCACCCCAGUGCCUUGUGUGGCUACCUCUGAUGCAUAGACUUGCCCAUGUUGAAAAUGUCUUCCAUCCUGUGGAAUGUUCUUACUGCCGGUGUGAGAGCAUGAUGGGCUUCCGAUACCGAUGCCAGCAGUGCCACAACUAUCAGCUCUGUCAAAACUGUUUUUGGCGUGGCCAUGCAAAUGGCCCUCACAGCAACCAGCAUCAGAUGAAAGAGCAUUCCUCUUGGGUAAUCACUCUCUAAUGUACU